CUAUCUACAGUAUUUAUCAUACCGUACGGUAUGCAAAGACCGAAAGACCACGAUUACGAUUACGAUUUUCGUAGUUGUGUUGUCGUACUGUAGCGUACCUACUGUGCUCUACCAGUGAUGUUCGAUUCGGAACCCUCACUAUUCGGGAUCGUCCGCAACACCCAAAUCCGGCACCGCCCAACGGUUUCUCCCGAAGAACGAUCGAUGGUGCAAUACGGAGGGCCCGCAACGGCCGGGGGCAACAACGCGUGGCAGAACAGGCACCUCCGAAACGCCCGCUCUCGGCUGCGGCGGCUCGGCCCCCGAAACGUGCUGCUCCUGCUGCUGCUGGUGGUCUUGGUCCUGCGCAAUUUGCUCCGUUCCACCGACGACUACUACCGCGGGGAGGAAAUCCAGUUCCUGAGGGAUUCCGGGAUGAGCGAGGAAGAGAUCGAUGGCUACGUCGUCCGCCCAAGAGGCGCGGUGGGGCAGCAGCAGCAGCAACAACAACAACAGCAACAACAGCUGGACGAGCUGAGAAAGGAGGUCGCCUUCCUGGCGGCGGAGGUAAAGGAACUCCGGGCGGACCAGAACGAACGAGAACGAGAAGGCGAACGGGCGGCGCCACCGGCGGCGGGCCUCCCCGGAACCCAAAACGAAGCGUCGGACAGCGGGAGGGGGGCCGGCCUGGACGCGGCCCUGGCGCCGAUGGACCGGAUGCACGAGGAAAAGCGCAGGAGGCACGAGGCGCAGCUGCUGAGGGACCACCCCGGCUUCAAGCCGGGCAAGCGGCUCCGGGACCUGCGGCCGGUGGAGGCUGCCCCCGGCCAAUAGCAGAGCCGGAGUCGUGUCGUGUCGUGUCGUGUCGUGUCGUUUCGUGUCGGCCUAACUCAAACGAGGCUGCAAAAGGAAUGCAAACCAAAACACGACGCAGCAAAAUCUGCGCAGGGGUUCCUGUACAGCAGGUCGRUCCUUGUCGGUUUUGUUGCCGACGGCACCUYKACCCCUCUCUCCGGCGCCAGAUUUUGGGCAAUGGCACAAACCAACCAACCAUCCGUGUUCGCCGCCCGCAUCCCUUCCUUCCGACGGUGGCGCACCAACGCGGUGCCUGCCGUGUUUCGAGCCCCGCCGUUCCGGAACCCCCGGUUCUGGUCCAUCGUGCCGAGCUCCGUUUUUCGUGCCACGCACCGGGACGUUUCGGUCGGAAUGAACGGAGCGAUCGAGGCAGCACCGGGGUGCUCGAAUGCGAACACACAAGACGAAACCAAACGAAACCAAACGAGACGUGAUAUAGGUACUGAUACAAAUGCCCAGUUACCAGCGUUUUUUGGGGUCAUAAAAUAAAAGCUCUCCAUAGGAAGCCUCAAAAUGUUUAAUACCACUAGCCCGGGAGAAAUAGAGUGCCGUACGAACCAAUCUUUCUACCCAUCUGACACCUCGAUAAGUUGGUUUUAUAUCUUUCUGCGAGUGGCAUCAUUCCAUGUAUUUUUGUAACAAUGAAUACUUUUAUAAUC